AAAUUAAAGCGGCUGCCUGGGAGGCAGGAAGCCGACUAGCGAGAUGCUUAAUUAUCGUGGAAGUAAGUGCUUGUUGCUGGGGAGCGGAGCGCAGCGAACCCGGGUCGGCCUGGGUGUCAGCCGUGAUUUGUAGACAAUGCGGCCCCGGCAGCGCAGUGCUGGAUCAGCAGCGUCUUUGCAAACAUGCAUUUGGCAGGAAUUUAAAGGCCACCUCUUGUGUAAUUUGUGGAGCCUUGGAAAAGGGUCCUCUGCCUUUAUUUUCAGGAUGUACGCAACCAUGCAGGAUUUUGUGCUCAGAAUCUGUGCCUCUUGCCUCCUGAUUGACGUGCUCCUGAGGAAGUUGGUUUUCUUUGCCCGUCACCUGGAAGGAUGUUAGCACUUCUCUGUCGUCGACUGGGGGACAUGGAGAGGUCUGCCUACAGCAGCUUUUGGUUUCUGCUGUCUUCAUAAAUUAGCACCGAAGGGUGGGGUGGGUUGCAAUGCGUAAGGAAAUGCAGGCAUUUUGCUAAUUAGUGAAACGUUGGUAGCUUUAAGGGUAGAUAGAAGGAAAGAGAGCUCUGGGAAGAGGUGGUGGAAAAUGCUGGAUGCAUUCUGAAAUUCUGCUCUUUGGGAGAAAGCAUGGGAUUAUGGCAGUCACAGAGUCCCAGUGAUACAAGUUCCAUUUAGUUCUUUCUGAAAGAAAGCCAUCUAUCAAAGUAAAGCAAAGGAACUCUUGUGGAUUAUAAUGUUCUACAGAUCUGGAUUUUCAGAGAUUUGAAGAUGAGUUAUUUUAACCUUUUAAAUGAAAAAGAUUAAGAUCUCGUGCAACUGCUGUAUUUUCUGGAAGCCAUUCUCCAAAAGGGAAGUGCACAUUUAAAACUUAGGUAUGAUGGUCCUUUCUGUGGGGAUUUAAGUCAAAUUGCUUUUGCAUCAUGACCAGCCUGAAACGGUCACAGACAGAGAGGCCGGUUGCCACUGAAAGGGCCUCCGUUGUGGGCGCAGAUGGCACCCCCAAAGUCCACACAGACGACUUCUACAUGCGACGUUUCAGGUCCCAAAACGGCAGCCUAGGGUCAUCUGUCAUGGCACCUGUAGGGCCCCCCCGAAGUGAAGGUUCUCACCAUAUAACUUCGACCCCCGGAGUCCCAAAGAUGGGGGUUCGGGCAAGGAUUGCGGAUUGGCCCCCCAGAAAGGAAAACGUAAAAGAAUCUAGCCGUUCAAGCCAGGAAAUAGAAACCUCAAGUUGCCUUGAGAGCCUGUCCUCCAAAAGCAGUCCUGUGAGUCAGGGAAGUUCUGUAAGCCUCAAUUCCAGUGACUCAGCCAUGUUAAAAAGCAUACAGAACACGCUGAAGAACAAGACGCGGCCGUCGGAGAGCAUGGACUCCAGAUUUCUUAUGCCCGAAGCCUACCCCAGCUCCCCCAGGAAGGCGCUGCGCCGGAUCCGGCAGCGCAGCAACAGCGACAUCACCAUAAGUGAACUUGACGUGGAUAGCUUUGAUGAAUGUAUCUCGCCCACCUACAAGACGGGGCCAUCGCUGCACAGGGAAUACGGUAGCACAUCUUCAAUCGAUAAGCAGGGAACGUCCGGAGAAAGCUUCUUUGACUUGUUAAAGGGCUACAAAGAGGACAAGUCUGAUCGAGGUCCCACUCCGACCAAGCUCAGUGACUUUCUCAUCGCCGGUGGGGGCAAGGGUUCUGGUUUCUCCUUGGAUGUGAUAGACGGGCCCAUCUCACAGAGAGAGAACCUCAGGCUCUUUAAGGAAAGGGAAAAACCACUCAAGCGGCGCUCCAAGUCGGAAACCGGAGACUCCUCCAUUUUUCGUAAAUUACGCAAUGCCAAAGGUGAGGAACUUGGGAAGUCGUCGGAUCUUGAAGAUAACCGAUCGGAAGACUCUGUCAGGCCCUGGACAUGCCCGAAGUGCUUUGCCCACUAUGAUGUCCAGAGUAUCUUAUUUGACUUGAACGAGGCGAUUAUGAACAGGCACAAUGUAAUUAAGAGGAGAAACACCACCACAGGGGCCUCGGCAGCUGCGGUGGCAUCCUUGGUCUCAGGGCCUUUGUCUCACUCGGCCAGCUUCAGCUCCCCGAUGGGCAGCACAGAGGACCUGAAUUCCAAAGGAAGCCUCAGCAUGGACCAGGGAGAUGAUAAAAGCAAUGAACUGGUGAUGAGCUGUCCGUAUUUUCGGAAUGAGAUUGGUGGAGAAGGGGAAAGGAAGAUCAGCCUGUCCAAAUCAAAUUCCGGUUCCUUUAGUGGGUGUGAAAGUGCCUCCUUUGAGUCUACACUCAGCUCCCAUUGUACAAACGCAGGCGUGGCAGUACUCGAAGUGCCCAAGGAGAACUUGGUGUUACACCUGGAUCGGGUGAAAAGAUACAUCGUGGAACACGUGGAUCUCGGCGCCUACUAUUACAGGAAGUUCUUCUAUCAGAAGGAACACUGGAACUAUUUUGGGGCCGAUGAGAAUCUUGGUCCAGUGGCUGUGAGCAUUCGAAGGGAAAAACCAGAAGAAACGAAAGAAAAUGGAUCUCCCUACAACUAUCGAAUAAUUUUUAGAACUAGUGAGCUCAUGACACUGAGAGGGUCCGUGCUGGAGGACGCCAUUCCCUCAACGGCAAAGCACUCGACGGCUCGCGGGCUCCCCCUGAAGGAGGUGCUGGAGCACGUGAUUCCUGAGCUCAAUGUUCAGUGCCUGCGGCUGGCCUUCAACACCCCCAAAGUCACAGAACAACUCAUGAAACUGGAUGAGCAGGGGCUGAACUAUCAGCAGAAAGUAGGCAUCAUGUACUGCAAAGCUGGACAGAGCACGGAAGAAGAGAUGUACAACAAUGAAUCAGCCGGCCCAGCCUUUGAGGAAUUCCUCCAGCUGUUGGGAGAACGCGUUCGGCUCAAAGGAUUUGAGAAGUAUCGUGCGCAGCUUGACACCAAAACUGACUCCACUGGAACCCAUUCUCUGUACACAACAUACAAAGACUAUGAGAUCAUGUUCCAUGUUUCUACCAUGCUGCCAUAUACACCGAACAACAAGCAACAGCUCCUACGGAAGCGGCACAUUGGAAAUGAUAUUGUAACAAUUGUUUUCCAAGAGCCCGGAGCACAGCCAUUCAGCCCGAAAAACAUACGAUCCCACUUUCAGCAUGUUUUCGUCAUUGUCAGGGUUCACAACCCCUGCACUGACAGUGUCUGUUACAGUGUGGCUGUCACCAGGUCCAGAGACGUGCCUUCUUUUGGACCUCCCAUCCCCAAAGGGGUCACCUUCCCUAAGUCAAAUGUGUUCAGGGACUUCCUUUUGGCCAAAGUGAUUAAUGCAGAAAAUGCUGCUCAUAAGUCGGAGAAGUUCCGGGCCAUGGCAACCCGGACCCGCCAGGAGUACCUGAAAGACCUGGCAGAGAAGAAUGUCACCAACACGCCUAUUGACCCAUCCGGCAAGUUUCCGUUCAUUUCUCUGGCCUCCAAGAAGAAGGAAAAGUCUAAGCCGUACCCAGGAGCUGAGCUCAGCAGCAUGGGGGCCAUUGUGUGGGCUGUCCGGGCCAAGGACUACAACAAGGCCAUGGAGAUGGACUGCCUCCUCGGGGUCUCCAAUGAGUUUGUCGUCCUCAUCGAACAGGAAACAAAGAGUGUGGUUUUCAACUGUUCCUGCAGAGAUGUGAUAGGGUGGACUUCAACCGACGCCAGCCUCAAAGUCUUCUACGAGAGAGGCGAAUGUGUGUCCGUGGAGAGUUUCGUUAGCAAUGAUGACAUCAAAGAGAUUGUCAGAAGGCUUCAGUUCGUGUCAAAAGGCUGUGAAUCGGUGGAGAUGACCCUGCGAAGGAAUGGGCUGGGACAGCUCGGCUUCCAUGUCAACUACGAGGGCAUCGUGGCGGAUGUGGAGCCCUACGGCUAUGCCUGGCAGGCAGGGCUGAGGCAGGGCAGCCGGCUGGUAGAGAUCUGCAAGGUGGCCGUGGCCACUCUGAGCCACGAGCAGAUGAUCGACCUCCUGAGAACAUCGGUCACAGUGAAGGUCGUCAUCAUCCCCCCACAUGACGACUGCACCCCGCGGAGGAGUUGCUCUGAGACCUACCGCAUGCCAGUGAUGGAGUACAAAAUGAACGAAGGGGUGUCCUACGAAUUCAAGUUUCCCUUUCGAAAUAACAACAAGUGGCAGAGGAAUGCCAACAAGGGGCCGCAUUCACCUCAAGUCCCGUCCCAGGUGCAGAGUCCCAUGACCUCGAGGCUGAACACCGGGAAGGCGGACGGGAAGAUGCCUCCUCCGGAAAGAGCCGCCAACAUCCCCCGCAGCAUCUCUAGCGAUGGGCGCCCGCUGGAGAGGCGGCUGUCUCCUGGUUCGGACAUCUAUGUGACGGUCUCGUCCAUGGCUUUAGCAAGAUCCCAGCCAUGUCGCAACUCCCCGAGCAGUCUGUCUUCAUCCAGCGAGACUGGCUCUGGAGGGGGCACCUACAGGCAGAAGUCCAUGCCCGAAGGGUUUGGAAUCAGCCGCAGAUCCCCCGCCUCCAUCGACAGGCAGAACACCCAGUCAGACAUUGGUGGCAGCGGGAAAUCCACACCCAGCUGGCAAAGAAGUGAAGACAGCAUCGCUGACCAGAUGGAGCCGACCUGCCACCUCCCAGCAGUAUCCAAGGUACUGCCAGCUUUCCGAGAGAGCCCCAGUGGGAGAUUAAUGCGUCAGGAUCCGGUGGUUCAUUUGUCUCCAAACAAACAAGGGCACUCCGACAGCCACUAUUCCAGCCAUUCCAGCAGCAACACCCUGUCCAGCAACGCGUCGAGUGCCCACAGCGACGAGAAGUGGUACGACGGGGACCGCGCCGAGGCCGAGCUCAGCAGCUACAGCUACCUGCAGGGCACCUCCGCCGACAGCGGCAUCGACACCACCUCGUACGGCCCCAGCCACGGCAGCACGGCCUCCCUGGGGGCGGCCACCUCGUCGCCGCGCUCGGGGCCGGCCAAGGAGAAGGUGGCCCCGCUGUGGCACAGUUCCAGCGAAGUCAUCUCCAUGGCAGAUCGGACUUUAGAGGCAGACAGCCACGGCAUGGACCGCAAAGCCGAGUCCUCCCUGAGCUUGGACAUCCACACCAAGAGCCCGGCCGGGUCAAGCCCUCUGACCAGGGAGAACCCCACGUUCAGUAUCAGUGAUGCUGCUUCCCACACCAGUACCAUGAGCUCGCGACACUCUGCCAGCCCGGUGGUCUUCACCAGUGCCAGAAGUUCACCGAAGGAGGAACUUCACCCGGCCGCCCCCUCGCAGCUCACUCCUUCCUUCUCCUCCUCUUCGUCCUCCUCCUCCGGCCCUCGGACUUUCUACCCCCGCCAGGGCGCUACCAGCAAGUACCUGAUUGGAUGGAAGAAACCCGAAGGAACCAUAAACUCCGUGGGAUUUAUGGACACGAGAAAGCGUCAUCAGAGUGACGGCAAUGAAAUAGCCCACCCCAGGCUGCGUGCCUCCACCAGGGACCUCCGGGCGUCCCCAAAGCCGACCUCCAAGUCCACCAUUGAGGAGGAUCUCAAGAAGCUCAUUGACCUGGAAAGCCCAACCCCUGAAUCCCAGAAGAAUUUUAAGUUCCACGCACUCUCCUCUCCUCAGUCCCCCUUUCCCACCACCCCCACGUCAAGGCGGGCCUUGCACAGAACGCUGUCCGACGAGAGUAUCUACAGCGGCCAGAGGGAGCACUUUUUCACCUCGAGGGCUUCACUUCUGGACCAAGCCCUGCCCAACGACGUCCUCUUCAGUAGCACGUACCCUUCUCUCCCCACAUCUCUUCCUUUGCGGAGGCCUUCAUACACCUUGGGAAUGAAGUCCUUGCAUGGAGAGUUCUCGGCCUCGGACAGCUCCCUCACCGACGUCCAGGAGACCCGCAGGCCGCCCAUGCCCGACCCCGGCCUGAUGCCCCUGCCCGACGCUGCUGCGGACUUGGAUUGGUCCAACCUGGUGGACGCCGCCAAGGCCUACGAGGUCCAGAGAGCCUCGUUCUUUGCUGCUAGUGAUGAAAACCAUCGGCCUCUGAGCGCUGCAUCCAACAGUGACCAGCUUGAGGACCAGGCCCUUGUCCAGAUGAAGUCAUAUAGCAGCAGUAAAGAUUCCUCUCCCACUCUGGCUUCUAAAGUGGACCAGCUGGAAGGUAUGCUGAAGAUGCUUCGAGAAGACCUGAAGAAGGAAAAAGAAGACAAAGCUCACCUUCAGGCAGAGGUUCAGCACUUGCGGGAGGACAACCUGAGGCUGCAGGAGGAGUCCCAGAAUGCCUCCGACAAGCUGAAGAAGUUCACGGAGUGGGUCUUCAACACCAUCGACAUGAGCUAGGCCAGAAGAGGCGGCCUCGGGGUUUCCUUCCCCUUAGUCCCGCCGUUGGAGGCAUCCUCUGAGCUCCCGCCCCAGCUUCUGACUUUGCCCCCUUUUGGGGAGUGCACAACCUGACAAUUGCAGAUCAACAAUCAUUAUCUGCCUUUUGUAGAAAAGAAAAUGAAAAAGGUGAAUAAAAAUUUUAAAAAGGUAAAAUAAAAGUUUAACUGCUAAAAUGUGAAUGUCUUUAUUUUUUUGCACAAUAUCUUUAUCUGUUAUGUAUUUAAAAAGAAGCUGGGCCUAGGACCCUCCCCGCGCCCCCCACCCCCGGCCCAUCUGCCUCCAUUUCCAUCAGCUCUUUCUUAUAUGUUUCAGGUAACCCAAGCUUUCCUUUGUUAUCCUGACAAAUGUCAUUGUUCCUAGGAAAAUAAAGUUUUUAAAAACUGCUUAUUUGGGGAGGGGGAUUUCCUUACCGUUAUUCCUAAAAAUGCUCGGGGAGGGAGGUGCUUUCAGAAAAUGCCUGCCUCCCUCAAAUGGCUUGUGCAUGAGCUAGUGAUGUCUGUCCCUGUCUUACAGAGAUCAGCAGGAUUGGGGUUACUUAACCAAUCAGUGAACCAGAGAUAGAGCCUGCGGGCCACGCCCCUUUUCCAUCUUGCAUUAUGACAUCACUACUUCCUCCUACCUUUCCCUGGGAAAUGCUGUGUGCUCCUCUGAGCCGGAGCCCUUUGUUUGGCUUAAGUGAGUCCCUCUGUAUUGGAAUCAGCCUUUCUGUCGCUUCCUGGGUCCAAACAGUAAUUGGUUUCAGAAUUCCUCCAAACUAAAAAAAUCUUAAGAUUUGUAUGCAUUUUGGUCAAAAGGAUAGUUUUUGUUUGAGAUUUUUAAAGUUACCAAUGUGGCAAAAUUGUAUUUUUAGCCCAUUCAAAAUGAUCUUACGAUGAAUUAGUAAAUCCUUCUCUCCAAAGCAAGACUUUACCACUAUUUGUGUCUAGGAAAAAACUGAAUGUUGAAUUGUGAACUUUAAUACUUACUUGUUAGGAGCAAUGACUGUGGUGAUGGAAUGGCCUUUUGAGACCUGCAUGUCCCAGUGUACUUCUGCCCAGCAUUUCCUGCAUCCUUGUGUGGCCAGCUACAGGAUCCUGCUGCAGAAAUGAUUAAUGUGCUACUUUUCUUGUCUAGUGAUGCAGCUGCUUUGGGCCCCUGGCCAUUGUUCCAAGGCUCUUGGUCCUGCACAGAACAGAGACACUGGGUCACUAGUGUUGAGAGGCCCCGGGGAGCCCCUGGUGGCCUUGUUUCUUGCCUUCACAGUUGUCACCAAAUUGUCACCUGCGCCCUUCAGUGGCGCCUCUGGUCCAAGGGAAUGUUCAGCAAUCCAGCGGUAUCUGCUCGGAAGUUCCCUGCCCCAGAUAAUCUCCACCCAUUCCCUCCAUCCCUGAAAAAAAAUGGGGUGGAGUUCCCCUCUUCUCCCCCAACCCGCAUCACCAGACUUAUGCUACAAUUUCAUUCAUAAUUGUGACUUCUUCAUGGGGUUUUUUUCUUUCUGGUGACAUUUCUCUCAUGGAAAUAGGAAGAUUUCGGAGUGCUUUGUAAAGAUCUCAAUUGUCUGUCUCUUUCUCUCUUUGACUUGUAUGAAGGAGAUUGUACAUUGCCUGAUAUCUCUUUGUAAAUGAGAAAUAGCACUAACAUCCAAGCAUUCUGAAGUCUUGCUUAUCCUUCUGAGUUUAGUUUUUAUUUUGUCUCACAUUUUGUUUGGGGACUUGGGGCAAGCUAUUUAUUAGAGUUUUGCAACAGAGUUCUUGUUUGAAGCCUUUAAAGACUACUUGUAAAAUUCAAAUAAUAAAAUUCAUUUUAAAUGCUCUUUUAAAA